AUGAAUAACAAUCCACAACAACAGCUGCACUUCGCCCACAAUUAUAAUCAGCAAUACCAUUCUCAUCGACCAGAAUAUACCGUCAUUCCAAUACAGACCAAUACUACUAAGCAACCAUCCUCCCAUGACUCUACAUGUCCUGUAAAUUCUUCUAAUCAGUGCUGCUCUGAAUCUGCUGAAGGAGUGUUGGCUCCUUCUACUAAUUCUGUUGUUGUGAAUAAUAAUACACCUUCAGUUCAAGCUUCCUUUCAUACACUUCAUAAUAAUUACUUUAAUUCAUCAUCGACUAAGGCUCGUCCUAUGGUCAUUCAUACAAAGAUGGUUAACAAUAAUAAUAAUAAUAAUAACAAUAAUCACUCACAAUCAACCUCCUCUCCAUCAAGAACAACUUCCAAUAUUAAUACUAAUACUACUCAAAAUAAUAACAAUAACAAUACAAUUAAUUCUUACAAUCAAACAGUGUAUUGCACAAACUCCUCCUCAGAUGAUUCCUCUCCAAGUCCAACCAAUAUCAAUGGCCUCACAAAGGAAAAGUAUAAGAGACCAUGUCCAUCUGAGAGCUAUAGAAACAUUGCUGCCUCACUCACACUCGAGGAAAUAUCUAGACAUUACCACUUGACGAGACAAGAUGCUUGUACUGCUCUGAAGGUUUCAUGGAGGGAUUUGAAGGAACGUUUGAAUGUAUUGGGUGUGUCCAGGUGGCCAAAAACCAAUGCCAAGAAGGUUACCCAAUUCAAUACAGUUACUUCUCACUUUGAACAGUUGUGUUCUGUUAUUGAGACGGGUUGUCCACCACUAACCUGCUAUCCACCACAACAAAGGAAAAAGUUCAGAUCAACACCACAGCCACACAGCAAUUCAAUGGUCAUUGUGGAUAAUUCGAAUUGUGUUGGUCAGCAGCAGCAAUCAUCACCAUUGGCUACCAAUAAGCCAAACAAGAAACCAAACAAAAUUGUCAAGAUUACAGGAAACGUCGAGAAGAAUCCAGCAUGCUUGUCUCCGAAUAAUGGCUCCAUAUGUAGCCUAUCAAGCCCAUCCACAGCAAGCAAUAUUUCAUUCAAUGUGCAACAAAAUUCCACUCUAAUGGGAAGUCCAAAGAAUAAGUCACAACCAAAGGGAGCUUUCCAAGCUUACAAUCAAACAGUUCAACAGAAUCAUUUGGCAAAUACUUAUUCCUAUCAAGCAAAGUGUGAAGUUCAAUAUUAUCCAGCUCAACAACCUACAGGUUCUUCUGGUUUGGCUUAUUCUCAGCAAAAACAUUCAGCAUCCAAUUGCUGCCACCAUGUUGGAUCACAAUCAGCUCAUCAAUCUCUUCCAAAUAUUUCAACCUUCUUUGAUGAAAAGCCAACAACCUCCCCUGUACAAUAUCAUUCCUCCUCACAACAAAUUUUGCCUUCCAUUAGCAGUUUUGAUACCUUCCUCCAAUCUCAUUGCAGCAACAGCAGCCUGAAGAGAGGAAGAACUGAAUCAUCUGAAGAUGUAUUGCUCAAUAAAAAGAGAAUUAUAUAA